GUGCUUCUGAAGCCUCUACAACAUUUCAUCUGUCUUGUUAAGGGAGAAGAACAGGAAGACAAUGAAUAUUCUCAUUCUACUUGUCCUUUUGGGACCUGGCUUGGCUGUGGCUCAGUACGAGGAAGACGUUCAGUGUGAGAGCGAAGAGGGAGUGUGUCAGUACAAUAAUGAGACGUGCAAUGGCAAGUACGAGUUGGGUAAAUGCGGUGGACCAAUCAACCGGCAGUGCUGUCUCGAAAACGAAAAUCCGCUCAGAUACAGCCUCCAACUACCGCCUUAUGGCCAUGUGAUUACUCAAUGCAAACAGGGUGACUUUUGCCAGUCCCUUGGUGAAAAGUGUCAGGACAUUUGGAACCCUAAUUUGAAAUGCAAUGGCAAAUAUAGACCGAAAAUGUGCCCUGAACCAGGACAUUGUCAGUGUUGCCUACGGUGCCAAGCAGAUGAACGGUGUAAGAAGGUUGGUGGGUCGUGUCAGUACAAUAAUUACAAAUGCCACGGCAUAAACAUGCUGAACAUGUGCCCUGGAGGAAAAAACUGUCAGUGCUGCGUCCCAAAAUGGAAACCCUUCUGUCACGGCCAAGUGGUGAACGUCGUGAGAGGAUGCGAGGGUAAAUAUGGGUGCGGUCACUACAAGGCACAUCGUCCACAUGGCAUGCACAUGGGAGUGGAUAUAAUUUGCCCGGAUGGAUCGAAAGUGAAUGCACCAUUCAAAGGAGAACUGAAGGGUUGGGCCAGGGCCUACAAGAAAAACAAUGCCGUCAAUGAUGGAGUGAUCCUUUCCAACUCUGUCUUCUGCAUUAAGAUUUUCCAUGUCCACGCGUACCACUAUACAGGCGCAGUUGACAGUGAUCAGGCAAUUGGGUAUCUGCUGAACGUGCAGAAAGUUUACCCUGGAGUCACCUCCCAUAUCCACGUCGAGAUGUGUGAUAAAUCCAGGAAUCCAACAUUUUACUUAAAUUAACAACGGCAUGAAUUGCUGAAGACGGGGUCUUUUUACGUUUCAUUCUGGGACUAGUUUAGGGUUUUGCUAAUAUUAAUCACAAUAAAUUACAAAUUUUGUGCAAUGAAAUAUGAGUGAUAUUACAGGACUUCCUCAGUAUCCAUAGCUACAUCUAUUUUCCAGAACCACUAGACCACACAACCUCUAAGCUGCGCUCUUAAUUUGCACGGAAUUAUCUCAAGUGAGAGGCCAAUAUUUGAAAGGAGACUCUUAAAGCUACAAUGGCUUCAAUUGCAUUAGUAUAGUUUGAUAAGAAUCUAGUCAUAUCUGCAUUACUUUACGCAACAUUCUGAAUCCCAAAAGGAAGGAUCCUAAUUGGGAUGUUUUGUAAAAUGAGAGCAUUUGUUGCGUUUGAGGAAAAACAAAGUCCUGAGAAACUCCCACGAAUAACGUGUUUAGAACACUAAAACAGCGUGCAAUUAAAGUCAAUCGAACUUCCCUAAUUAGCAACCCACUUGCAGUACGCUGCUGUUCCUCAACGUGAGUGCUACAAGAAGGUGAUAAUCGUGUUAUAAUUGUAUGAUGUUACACUUGGCCAAGUUAACCCCAAUUUGCUUUCGUCCUGGUACAUAGAAAAACAUUACAAUUUAAAUGAACGCUUCUGGAGCGCACUAAGUGUGGUUAAUUUCACUGCUACCUUUGAAUAAAUUCAGAACGUCUUUUUUUAUUGAACUGGUCAUUUUGUGUAAUAACUGUAAUCCAGGGCUUUAGGAGGCAAGGAUUGGGUGAGUGAAUAGAUAACUGAAAAUUCUAAGGAGACGGCAUUACAGCCAAUGGCUUUGUGAACCAUCAAGUGGGACAUUUCUAAAUUACCCCCUUCUAUGUGUGGAUUUUCUCUGAGCACAUUUUUUUCCCACAUGCAAAAACAUUUUUUAAAUACAUUUUAACAGACUUUGCUAGGACAAAUAAAUGACAAAGUCGCCAUCAACAAUGCUCAAUACACUGCUGGAUGAAGGAAACUGCCACGAUCAAUAGUAUCCAUAGAAAUAUUCAUUUUUAAUUCUCGUCGGGAUAAAAGUUUAGAUAGUCACCCACAGUAAAAUCUGGUCGAGUGGUAGCAUAGCAUGACAUGUUUAGGGUGACUAGUGUAGUUCUAAAGCAUUCAUGUCAUACAUCCUGUGUAUUAAGCAUAUUUUUUAUGAUGCAAACACCUGUAAUAUCAUAAAGCAUUCAUGCAUAUUAAAUGGUAUUUAAUUAGUGGUAUUUUUGAUUAAUGGCUUGCGGGUGCCGAUACAGUAUUUGUACCAUUUGCUUGAUGAUGAGAUUGCAAA